AUGACCAUCUCAGGAGUGCUUCGUCAAAGCAUCUGUCCAACCUUGAAACGAGCAAGGCAACACUUGGAGACUACACGAUUCGAAAAUCCCCAACCGAAACCGAACGCCACCGAGGAAGAGCAACUACAAUUUUUUCGAUCAUCUACUGUAACGUACGAGGCGGACCACGCAUCAAUCGAACGGUGCUUAACUAACCUACGAAACAAGCAGAACGAGUGGCACAACUUCCUCAUGCAGCUCGAAAAAGACGAGAAAAGAACGGAAAGCGAAAUUCUACAGAAGUUCGAAGAAGACAAACAUCUCUCUGAAACGAUAGAGGAACUAGAAGAUCUUUCUCUCAAAGGAAAGAAAUGCAUCUCCCUUUGGCAAGCAGCAACCCAGCGAUUGGAAGAGAAACUCAACCAUGGAAGACAACCUACGACAAACUCGACAGCCACAGACUACUCCAACGACACCAAGCCAGAAUUCCAUAUGCCACGUAUCCACCUCCCCAAAUUCCGAGGCAGCACUGAUGAUUGGAAAUAUUUUGAAGACAUGGUAAAAGAAUUCCUGCUCCAGAAUACAUCGCUAUCCGACACGGUUAAGAUGCAAUACUUAACCAACAGCCUGGAAGGAGAAGCGAGACGUCUCAUAAUCCCGAGAUUCUCGUGCACUGGAACGAACUUAAACAACGCAUGGAAGCUAUUAAAACAAAAGUAUGGCAACGAAUACACUCAAAAGCAGCGUUUGGUCGACAAGAUAAUAACCAUGAGGAAACCCGACUCUAACUCGUCAUCGAUCAUCCGUUUUAUCACCGAUAUCGAGAGCAUCCUAAUGCAAAUGGAAACGCUUGGAAUGGACACAAACACGAUAGAGAUCAUCACCGCCAUCGAAAAAGCUCUCCCCGACCGAAUCCGACGACAAGUAGCCAAAGAAAAAUUGAAAAGCAACGAAUGGAGCACAUCUCAAAUGCGUCAAGUUCUCCAAGAAAUUCAAAGCCUCGAACAGGAGCUGAUGAUUGCAUUCCGCCAUCACCAAUCCAACCUGGAUUUCAACCGAAGAAACUCAGCUCACAUCAUCCAAAAAGCCGUCAAAAAGAAGCUACCAUGCAUCUUCUGUCAAAAGGAUCACCUGAACGCCGAAUGCAAAACAUACGCAACGUCUGAUGCACGUCAAAAACGCCUUCGUGAGCUGAAUCGAUGCACAGCCUGCCUUUCGACCAACCACCCGAAGUGUGAAGCGACAUGCCGUCACUGCCAGAAACAAGGACACCACCAAUUGAUCUGUUUCAAACUUACGCCCAAACCUCAAAGGAAAGAACCUACGAAGCCCGAGAAGUCCCAGAAAUCACGAACCAUGAUAACGAACACAAACUGCGAGGAAUCCGACAUUGAAGAAACCAUGCAUACCCGAUCCAUGUUGUCAUGCAAAGGAAGAAUGAAGUCAUUAUUGCCCGUUCUUCGCCUCGAAGCGUUCAAUCCAUCAAAGAAAUCCCAACGCCAUGUGGUAAACUGCUUGCUCGACUCAGGCGCCGAUGAUUGCUACAUCACUUCCCGACUUGCCAAACAGUUAGACCUAAAAAUACUGAAGAACGAAACAAUCAUUACGACAAGCUUUGGUGGAAAACGAUCCAAGAACGACACGAUGCUGGCAAAACUCGGUCUAAAAUCCCUAAAUGGUAACACUACACUGAACACCGAAGUCUUCCUAGUUGAUCAGAUAACCCAACCAAUGAAGAUCGCAACGGAUUUCCAAUCAACCGAUUCCGUCAUCCAAACAACAGUUGACGAUAUUGACGUACUUCUGGGAGCCAACGAGCUGGCAGAGAUAAUGAACCUACGAGACACGCAAAGUGGCUUCUCAAUCCUGGAAACUAAACUUGGACCAGCACUAAUGGGAAAAGGAAACACCAACAGCAACGAAGCCGCUACCCACUUCACCUGCAUGAACAAAAGGGAAGAAGAACUCCACGAUCAACUGGAAAACCUAUGGGCCCUGGAGACCCUAGCCAUCAACGGGAAGGAAGCCAAAACUACCAUAGAUGAGAAAGUCGAACAUCAAUUCCGCCAGACAACCAAAUUCAGCAACGGCCGAUAUUCUGUACGAUGGCCUUGGAAGGACCCCAAACCCUUCAUAGCAAACAACUGGAAUUUGGCACUGGCUCGUCUUCGAUCCUUAUGGAAAAAUAUUUCCAAAACGCCUGACCUGGAAAAAUACGACGAAAUAAUCCAAGAUCAACUACGAAAAGGAAUAAUCGAAGAAGUCGAUCCAAAGAAGCCCACUCAAGGAACCGAACAUUACCUGCCCCAUUUGAUGGUAAAAAGAGAAGACCACGAAUCUACACCGAUUAGAAUGGUAUAUGACGCAAGUGCCGGCAAAAACAGUUUAAACAACGCCAUGGAACGCGGUCCCGUCACAGCCCCGCAUUUAGCAGCCGUCCUCCUACGAUCCAGAAAACCGAAGAUCCUGCUUAUUGGCGAUAUAGAAAAAGCCUUCCUCAACAUGGAACUUCAAGAAGAUGAAAGGGACUGUGUACGAUUCUUGUGGCUGAAACAACCAUCGAAAGAACCGACCAACGACAACAUCAAAGUUUAUCGAUUCUCUCGUGUACUUUUUGGAUGUAAGGCAAGCCCAGCGCUUCUUGGAAUGACGCUCAAACUUCACACCGAAAACUAUGCACCAAGUACGAUCAAAAACGACCUUAUAAAAGACACAUACGUCGACAACCUGAACUUCGGAGCCAACAACCCGGAAGAAGCCAUUAAAAAGUUCCACGAUGUCAAGAAGCUCUUCCAAAAAGCAUCCAUGAACGUUCGUCAAUUCGCCUCAAACUCCAAAGAAGUACUCAAACAUCUCCCACCGGAAGACGUUCAAUGCAGCGACACCAUCAAAUUUCUUGGAAUGUGUUGGAAUCUAGAAGAAGACACGCUCUCAAUUCGUCUACCCAAGUUCAACUACGAGGAGACACCAACGAAGCAAACCGUCCUCAGCGACCUUCAAUCUAUCUUUGACCCACUUGGAUUAAUAUCCCCGAUGUUACUCAUGGCGAAACUACUAAUGCAAGAAAUUUGGAAACUAAAUAUUGGAUGGAAAGACCCACUACCACGGCACAUUGUGGAAUCCUGGCAGAAGAUCAAGGAGACAUGGAUAUCUGCUCCGACCUUCAAAGUUCCAAGAUACGUCAAGAUGAGAAAACCAGUUAUAAUGACAUUCUGCGACGCCAGCACAAAAGCCUUCGCAGCCGUCGUCUACAUCAACGGAGCACUCAUUACUUCGAAAUCUCGAGUAGCUCCACUAAACCCCAUACUUUCCAUCCCAAAACUCGAACUCAACGGAUUACUUAUUGGCGCACGGCUAACAUUGUACGUCAUCAAAGAAUUGGAUCUACAAGAAUUUGAAGUCUACAUCUUCACCGAUUCAACCCCAGCCUGGUCAUGGACUACAUCGUCUACUCCAAGCAAACUUGUAUACGUACAGAACCGUGUGAGAGAGAUCAACGAGAUCAGGGACAAAAUCCACGCUGAGAUCCUACAUGUCCCCGGAACAGAAAACCCUGCCGAUGUCGCAUCCCGAGGCUGCUCCCCUCAAGAACUCCUCGAACAUCAACUAUGGUGGACAGGGCCGUCCUUCAUCAACAAAACCCGCUCGGAAUGGCCCAUCUGCAAAGCUACCAUUCCAAGAGAAGCCCUCGACGACGCUGAGGACAACAAGACUCAAAUCGUCCAGAGCUUCACCAUCCACAAAGACGACAUGUCCAAGGAGUCGCAGAUCAUCAAAGACGCCACCUCAUGGGACGACGCAGCUGAGAAACUGAUCCAAGAACUCAAGAUUUCCCCGGAAGACGCAGACAUUACGCUCUUCAAACUCAAUCAAGUCGAUAUCGAUCCCAACGACAUGUCCUUGGUCCGAAACCUUAAUAUCAAGCCCGAUUCUAAUGGAGUACUAAGAUGUUCCUUCCGAAUCCAACCAACAAUUCGUCCAGUUUACCUACCGAAAGGGACUACACUUACUAAGAUGCUGAUACGAAAAGUACAUGAUCAACUUGCUCACGCUGGACCAAAUCACACACUGUCUACCAUACGACAAAUUGGUUGGAUUCCCCAAGGUCGUCGUUCCGUCACAAAGACACUAAAGGAAUGCGAAUACUGUAAAAAGAUGUCAGCCAAGCCAUUCUCGCUUCCCCCAAUGGCCGACCUUCCAGAAGGACGAACGACAGUUGAAUAUCCUUUCAAACACAUAUCGAUGGACUACGCAGGACCGUUCAUCACCAAAAAACCGAAUUCAACUUCCAAUAACGACGCAGAAGGUGAAAAAAUUUGGAUUCUCUUAAUCACUUGUUUAUCCACCAGGAUGGUCCACCUAGAAAUUGUUGAAGAUCAAUCUGCUCAAACCUUUCUUCAAGCUUUCCGAAGAUUUACAAAUCGCAGAGCACGACCAGUGACCAUCCACUCUGACCACGGAACACAAUUUCAAGCAACAGCAAGAGGCCUGGAUCAAAUAUUCGACACAUCUGAAGUCAAAUCUUACUGCAAGAGGGAGAGAAUCACAUGGAAAUUCAACACUGAAAAAGCCCCAUGGAUUGGAGGAGUCCAUGAACGGUUGAUUGGCUUAAUGAAGAAAUCAAUCAAGGCCGCAAUUCAACACAACCGACUGACCAAAGAUGAAUGGAGAACUUUUAUUGUCGAAAUUGAAGCCAUCCUUAACACUCGCCCAUUAACCUACGUACCCAGCGAACCAGUAUCAAUACUUCGUCCAAUCGACUUCUGUUGCCCCGGAGGGUCGAUCGGCUUACCAAUCGUUGACAAAGAAGAUCCUGAUGACGAACAAUAUCUUCCCCAAAAGCGAACGAGAGACAAACUACUCGACAUCUACCAGAAAAACCUGAAUCGGCUCACCAAGUUCUACCAGAUCUUCGAAAACGACUAUCUAAAUCAUCUCCGUGAAACCUACAAGUGGAAAUUUGGAGAUGAUAGAACCGUCAAGCGAGAACCAAGAAUUGGAGAAGUAGUACUUCUAAAGGAUGAGGACGAUAGUGACCGACUCAACUGGAAAACCGGCACAAUCACCCAACUCCACAGAAGCACCGAUGGAUACAUCAGAUCCGCCGAAGUCCAAAUUGGAAAGUGCAGUUAUCACCGUCCAGUAAACCAUCUGUUCCCCUUAGAAGUCCAACCUGAAGACGAACAACUCGAAUCAGGUGCAACCUCCGAAAGAAACCAUAACCUGGACGACGAACCGAAACCACGACGUUCUCCACGACUGCAAAACAGGAAGUCAGCAAUAAACCUUGUGUCAAUGCUAUUCGUGUUCAUGGCAAUUUCUACCGGAAUAUCAACUGAUCCACAGAACCCACUGGUAUGUUCAACACAAAAGAGCUACUGGCAAGCUCCAAAAGCAACACAAUGUGGAAAGAUUAGAGAGGACCUCAACCCAUCCAACUCCGAAAAGAUUAGACUGAUGCUAUUCGAUGAUAACGACAAAAUUUAUUCAACAGAAGCGUUUGUAUGCCGAAUCACCAGAAGAACCGUACAAGCAUAUACUAAUCUACUUGGAGAUCAAAUUCGACAAGCCGAUGUCACCGAAACCAUAUUCAUACCUUCCAAGGAGUGCGAGGAAAUGAUCAAGUCGAAGCAAUGCAACCAUGGUAAACUCUCUCAAGACGGUUCUCUAUGGCACACCACAAAUUCACUCGACCUCAACAUUCCUGGCCGAAUCUCCAGCUUAUUCAGCGGUGCAUUAGAAAGUGUGGUACAUAACUGCUUCCUAUUUUCAACGACAAUUCACGCACGGCACAAGACCAAGUCAAUCGAAACUAUAAUUGGAGAUUCCACCCACUGCCCAUACACUGAUGGUAAAUGUCAACUCCGGUCAGGCGAAUCCAUGAUCUGGCUACCCGAUAUGGAAGAACGCUGCGAUGUCGUGUCACUAGGAGAAGUCGAUGGAACCCGCUACGAUGACUUAUUUAUCGACGAAAGCAACCAGAUUGCACUAUCACUGACUUAUAUAAGACACCACUCACAGUGCUACGGAGAUCUCUUUACGACAGUUCAAGGAAUAUACUACGCCAUUGUUCACGACGGAAGCCAACCUAUGAAAAAAUUCCGACCCGGAUCCAACAUAUCGCCGAAAUUUCAGUACGCACACUUCCACACCCUAUCGGAUGCUGACACCAAUAUCAAGAAAGCCGUCUCCAUGGUGUGCAAAGUCCUGGAAGAACAAGGAACCAUCCUGCAAAGCCUGACCAAGAUGGACCCAACGACUGUAUUCAGAACACUCAUGAACACGACAUCAAUCAUUGCUCGACAAGUUACUCCCGCCAUCAUUGAAGUAACUCAUUGUCACGAAUUAAUGGAAACCGAGUAUGAGCUAACUAAAACUAACACCUGUACCGAAGACGUUCCUAUCAGAAUCCACAAAGCGAUGUCCGAUGACAUUUGGUUUCUGGAUCCCACUACAAUGCUCACCAAACGAGAAUCUCGCACUAUAGACUGUGAUUCCGAACCAAGAAUUGUGGAACUCAAUGGACGAACACUACAAUUUUAUCCCAAUGGUCAUACUCAACAGAUUCAGACGAAUUCACUGAAGACCACGGACGUCGACCUACAUCUUCAAACAUUCCAUACUACAUUCCGUGCAAUGCACCUCAAGGAAGUGGAAAUGUUAUUCAAUAUCUCCGAAUUUGGUCAACAGAAAGAAAGAAAUCAAUUCAUCCAAAUUAUCAACCACCAAGAAGUUCUAGUUCACAAAACGCCGGAGACCCUAGAACUCAUUGAGAAACACUUCAAUACAAUUGGAUUAUACGCCUGGAGAUUAUGGGUCACCAUUAUUUGUGCUAUCAUCACCAUCUUUGGAAUUUGGACCAUUCAGAAGUAUUUUCGCACCCUGAUUUCUGAACAGAUCAAAUCCGAUGUCAAACCCAAGCCCCGAGAUCACGCCUACGUUGAGAUUCCAAAUAUUAAUCCUCAUAAUUCAGUCUCAAUUAGUCCAGUUGUAACGAAUGACCCCAUUGAUAAUUCUAUAUCUGCACUUACAGCCAUUUUCACCCCCGGGAGUGUUCCGAGAAAAUCGGAAUAA